AUGGGGCUAGUCCAAAUGCCUAGUUUAAAAGAUUAUUGGAGUGUGAAGAUGUUGUAUAAAAAUUAUGUAGCAAAAAAUAUCAUGUCAAGAAAUCGAUUCGAGUUGAUUCCCCGAUUUUGGCAUUUUGCCGAUAACGACCAAGCUCCAGAAAGUGAUAGAAUUUUUAAAAUUCGAAAUCUGAUUACAAAAAUGGUUCAUAACUUUCAAAAUAUAAUGGAACUAGAAGAAAUGAUGGCUGUAGACGGAACAAUGGUUCCAUUUCAUGGGCGAUUAAAAUUCAAACAGUAUAUUCCUGGGAAGGAGCAUAAGUACGGUAUAAAAUUAUUUAAACUUUGUAGCGUUAACUGGUAUACGUAUAAUAUGGAAGUUUAUGCAGGCAAAAGCCAUACUGAUGGAAGAGGAUUAUUUUGCAGAGUCGUUGUAGAUUUAUGUUCCGGAUAUUUAAAUUGCGGCAGAACUAUUAUAACAGAUAAUUUUUAUACAUCGCUUAAUUUAGUCAAUGAGCUUUUAGAAAAAAAUACGCAUUUAAUCGGUACAUUAAGAUCCAAUCGAGUUAAACUACCAGAUGUUACAAAAGUAAAGCUACAACCAGGACAAAUAGUAGGAAAAGAUGAAGAAAAGGGAUGUUACCAUGUUAUCUACUCCUCAUGA